AUGUCCGCAAGGGGAGAGACUGGCGGCGAUGGGGUGGACGUUGGUAUUUCGACGCAUUCGGACGACCGUAUUUCUCCCCAUGAGUACAUUCCCACUCUGAUCUCCUCCGGGAAAAGCGAUGAACAUGAUCUCCAACACAAGGCACGUCAGAAACACCUCGAAAAGCAUGCAGGGACCCGAGAAGACAUGUGCAGACAACAGAGCACAGGCUACCACAACAUUCUAUGGCCCCUAGCAGACUUUGAAGCGAGUCGAGUAAAUCCGAAUACAAAGCGUGACAGUACCCUUGAAGGUCAACAACCUCGAAGGGUGCCCUUCGUGUUGGAUCAGCCGCAGGUCGGCAAUAAAAGUGGCGUUGAAAGCAGACAUUUAUCCAAUCUUACCAUUGCAACGCAGGAAAUGGAAAGAUCGAGGAGAACAAGCAAUACAGAAUCCGGAGACGUUUCAAAAUUUCUCUUGAUCGAUAAGGUUGUCAAAAGGGCUCUCCAAGACCACAAGGGAGGCUGCGUUGCUUUUGAUGUGGAGUGGACGUUUUUCGAAUUCCUCGAGAAGCAGUUCGGCGAAGCAGACAUCAAGGUCGAUUCAGUUGUGACCCUCACUGGUUCGGUUUGUCACGAAACCAUCAGUGGGCAUUUGAAUGGCGAGCAUUUGGAAAUCGUGUAUGAACUGUGGCAGAGGGUCGCGGUGAGGAUUGAUGCCACUGGGAACGAGGAAACAAUACGGCACCUCGUUCAGAUGCUUGCCUGGGCUGGAGCAGCGUUUCGAUCUUCUCCCGGCGACGAUUUCGGCGAUGAAAAGGUCGACUAUUGUCGUCCAAUUAUUUCUGAUCCCCGCGACAAUCGCAGCCGUAUGGGAUUCGUGAACAGACCACUGCCCACAAACAUAGAGGCCUGUUGGUUACCACUCUUCUCGGGAGUGUCGAUCGCCUACGGCUUUCCUAUACGUCGACGACGGGAUGAGAUUGGACUCGAGAUACCUCUGCAAAUCCUCACCGCGCUGUUGGGCGCCGUUCGCGCUGUCGAAUAUGAGGGCGGCGUUGUCAUCAAGGGAUUUUUCCAGCAUGAUUCUAACACAAACUGUGAGCAGCGUCUCACAUAUCGUGACGGUCUCCUGCGCUGCCCGAAGCGAGCUUUGAUGGACGAAGUCGACCUUGAAUGUCUUCAGAAGACGCGUGCGGUGCUUGGUUGGUGCUCUGCCACACGCUGUUCGCUUGGUAGUCAUGAUGCCAACUACAGCUCCAUCGACUACUCAGGCGCGGAAGAAGCCGGGGGGUCGAUCAGUUUGACAGGAGGAAGCUUGGGCUUUCAGCAAUUUGGCGUGGCACAAAUCGACUUCAGACUGGGGCCAAAGGACGGAAAAUGCCUACUUCCAUCGCACUGGCCCUUACCGGAGCAUAAAGUCAUCCUACACAUGUGCCAACACCGUCACCGGCUCGAGCCGUUUGUGGUCGCCGGUUCAUCAGUCCUCCUGCCUUCUCCCGAGACCACAGGACAGUCUGUUAAAGAGGCUAAAGAGGUACUCUUGGAAAAUGAGUCGCUUACUCUGACCGAAUCCUCGAACGAGAAAUACACCUUGAGAGACCUCGUUUUGAACUACUGGUCACUCCUCGAGUUCCUGGUUGACCAAGACGUGAGAAGGGAUCAAGCCCACGGAACGAGCAACCACUUCUCCCUACAAGAAGUGCUGCAAGGUUAUGAAUACAGGUCUGUGGUUGAGGAGCGCUCUCCUUUUCGGACAAAGCGGACAACCCUGAGAAGGACAUGUGGUGGCUGGCCAGCCCUAAUACGAGACGUCGACGCCGUGGUCCUUUUUGCCAGCGGAUUCGAGGACAUACUGCGUCCUCUGAACAACGACCAGCUUCAAGAUAUAUGCGUCAAGUGGCGUUCCAUGCCCAGAGAGAUGAGCUAUCUUGCUACCACUGUCAAAGUCCUAAGAGACCUUUACGAAGUUGCUGGCAGUCGCUCAACCAGAGAACACCUCACUUCGACUCGCCUACGAUGGGUACAGGGUAAAUCGAGUCUAUUCGAGCCUUGCACCUCUCCGGGAGCGUCCAAUUGUGACUGCGUACGCCUACAAAAUAUUGGGACAAGAGGGUUCUUCACCAACAAGCGAGUGGUUCCAGGGCCAGUCAUUGGCGAGUUUGACCGCGGCGCGGUAAUUUUUGGUCGGUCUACGCUCUUGGGGACAACCCAUCCGUCUCGAGAUGUUGAGCAUCGGUGUCAACGAGAGCCCCUCCCCACUUUAGAGCCUCAGGUUCGUGGACCACCCCUCUGA